UGUGUGGUUAGUUCUUCUUUAAAUGAUAAAGACGAUAAUUUAGAAACACUGUUUGCAUCUAAUUAUUAGCAUCAAUUAAUAGGCUAUUACAGCAGAAAAUAAAACCUGAAAUGAAACUUUGACACUUCAGUUUCACUCCGUGAGCAAAUAAGGCUGUGCAAUUUAAAAAAAAAAUCCCCCCGGAUGUUGCAGCCAAUCAUAACAAUGCUGACAUUGACAGCCCAGGUGCAUCUUGGCUCUUGUAGUCCGUUGGGCUCCAGCAGCCCGUCGGCAGCGCUGCUCUGUCCGCCGCUGAGGACUACAGAGCUCCGGGUCCUGACAGAGGCGUGUGGCGUUGACAGUUCGUUGGUGCUGAGAGAAGCACGGCGGCAGAAAUAUCCUCCGUCUGUGUUUUUUUUUAAAAAAACGUUUCCAAAAAGUUGACAUCUGCAAGUAUGCAGUCGGAAUCGGGAAUAGUUGCGGACUUCGAGGUCGGGGAAGAUUUUCAAGAGGAGCCUAAAACCUAUUACGAAUUGAAGAGUCAACCCCUGAAAAACAGCAGCCCGUCGGACCAGCACAGCUCGUCCAAGCCCCCGCUGAGCUCCUCCGCCAUGACAUCACGCAUCCUGCUGCGGCAACAGCUGAUGCGGGAGCAGCUUCAAGAGCAGGAGCGGCGGGAGCAGCAGAGGCAGCAGGCCUCCCAGUACCCACAAACCACAGCGGCCCAGACCCCCGCCAUCAAUGUCAGCGUACCGCCCGUCGCACAGGUGCCAAUGGAGGUGCUGAAGGUCCAGACUCACUUGGAGAACCCCACUAAGUACCACAUCCAGCGCUCCCAGCAGCAGCAGGUGAAGCGGUACCUGGGAAAGCUUGGUUCUCAGGCGUUGAGCUUGCCCUGCCCUAACCAGUCCUCUGACCACGGGGGCAUGCCGCCAGGGCCGGGCAACAGCGCCCCCAACAGCCCUAUGGCCUUACUGACCCUCAACUCUAACUGCGAGAAAGAGAUGGAUGAUGUCAUCGACGACAUUAUUAGUCUGGAGUCCAGUUACAGUGAUGACAUCCUCGGCCUGAUGGAUCCAGGACUUCAGAUGGCAAACACGAUCCCAGUUCCUGCAAACCUCAUGGACAUGUAUGGAAACCAGGGUAUGUCCCAGCAAGGCCUUCCCAUCAGCAACUCCUGCCCUGCCAACCUGCCCAACAUCAAAAGGGAAUACUCUGUUUCACAAUCCCCGGCCAUCAUGCAUAUGCUGGAUAAGUCUGGAUCCUGUGGCAAAUUUGACAACUAUCAGAGGCCUGAAGGGUUCCCUGUGGAAGCAGAGGUAAGAGCUCUGGCAAAGGAGAGGCAGAAGAAAGACAACCAUAAUCUGAUUGAGAGAAGACGGCGGUUUAACAUCAAUGAUCGAAUUAAGGAAUUGGGAACUUUAAUUCCAAAAUCCAAUGAUCCAGACAUGCGCUGGAACAAAGGCACCAUCCUGAAGGCAUCAGUGGACUACAUCAGGAAGCUGCAGCGUGAGCAGCAGAGGGCCAAGGAGCUGGACAGCCGUCAGAAGAAGCUCGAACAUGCCAACCGACAUCUGAUGUUGAGAAUACAGGAAUUAGAGAUGCAGGCUCGGGCUCACGGUCUGGCCACCGCGUCUUCAGCGCUCUGCUCUGGCGAACUCGGGCCCCGGACCAUCAAGCAGGAGCCGGCUCUGGAGGACUGUCACCAGGACCUGUACACACUCCAUCCCCAUCACCAACACCACCCCGCCUGCACUUCCGAACCACCCGGCACCCUGGAGCUGAGCGAGGGCCACUCCAACUACCCCGAAGGCCACUACAGCGUCCACAGCAAGCCGGGCUCCAAACUCAACGACAUCCUCAUGGAAGACACCUUAUCACCGGUGAGAGGGGGGGACCCUUUGCUCUCGUCCGUCUCUCCGGACGCCUCAAAGGACAGCAGUCGCAAGAGCAGCGUAAGCAUGGAUGAGAAUGAGCCGGCCUGUUAGCACCCCCUGCUGGAGGACACGUCGCCUGCAUCUUCCACCUGCUCCACCCUGUCAGCGGCUAACACACUCCCAGCUACUCGAGAGGCUUUUCCCCCCUUCCGUUCGUGGUGUAUUUGUUUCCUCUUUCUCCCCCACCUGUGUUUACAUGUAUUGAAUCUUUUCCAUUCAUGCUAUUUUUUUUCUUUUGUUUGUGUCAUUCGAAGCUCUCAACCUUGAUUUCAAGGACUUGAUUUUAAAGUGUCUGCUUUAAUCACUACUUUGAUGACAAUGAGUUACAAAAAUACAAGUUUUUAUAUUUAAAAAAAAAUACAUUUAUCUUUGGAUAGAGGCUAGAUUAUGUGUUUUUCUAUUGAUUCCAAAGAAUCUAGGGAAAUUAUAAAUCAUGGUCAGAAAUGUAGAUAUUUUGUGGUGAGAUGAACACUGCUUUUUAAAUCACUAGCAAUAAUAGAAGAAAACAAAAUCUAUUUAUUACUAUAGUGCUUUACACUCUUUGUGUCUUAGAUUGAACUUGAAUGUGCCAAUGCCUUAUUAAGAUGUGUACACAUCGUUGUCGUAUUGCUAUGCACAUGUUUUGGCUGUUAGCUGAGUCUUUGUCAGUCUUAGAGUUUAAAUUUAUUUGCUUGACAAAUAUUAAUCAUUUCGAGAUUUGAUCUUAUUUAUGUUCCUCUUUAAACAGGACUUUAUUUACACAUUCUCCUCAAAAUCUUAUUUAUGACGAGGCAUUUACAAAAAGCCUAACAUGAUGAAUUAAAGCACAUCAAAAAAACUAAAAGCUAAAAAAGUCUCCUUUAAGAAACCAACAAACUUAUCAUUGAUAAUGAUUCAGUGUCAUAAUGAGAAACAAUCCAAUAACACGACAGAAAUGUCGAGUUUUACAGCCCAUCCUUUAACAUACGAUGCUGUUUGAUCCAGCAGUGUGUACCAGCUAUAUGACCUGAACAUUCCUCACUGCCAAAACCACAGAAAUAUUUAUAUUAAAAACAGAAUUAAAUGAAAAGUAAUAGAAUUUCAAAAUCAUAAAAAGGCUGUAGAAGGUUCUAAAAGAAUCUUGAUCGAUCAGAAUAUAAUAAUAUAAUUCUAAAAAUCUUUGAGAAAGGUGAAUCAGUUCAAUUUUAUUGUAUUCUUAUUCGCAGUGAUCAGACAGAAAACUGGUAAAACUGCGACUCUUUCAGCACACAGUUUACUGUAGCAAUACAGGCGUGUUGAUCUCAGACUUUAUAACAGUCCAUCAAUUUCCUAAAUUAUUGUUUUUUUUUUAUACCACUUCAUUUCACAUUCAGGAUUUUUUUUUCCAUUAUGUGAACAUUUAUAUUGCCAAGGACUAUAAGGAGACUGCUUUGGGAUUUUGUAUGAAAUGCAUGACAUUGUCAAAACACUGGAAUGACCUCUGUAAAUUGAAAUGUGGUUUGUUCGCCUUCUUUUUUCUUUUUUAUCUAAGCAUAAACUAACUAUGGUAUUUGGCUCGUCAGAUGCAUACAGAAUAUUGUAUGAGACUGUAGAUUCUUUAUGGUUGUAUAUUUCAGCAGUUUGUUUAGAAGUUAGUCGUAGCAUGUUGCGUAAAUAUGCCUUCGUUAAUGACUACCUGCCAUACACUGAGAGCCCUGUAACGGCACAGCCUCCAUUCUGUCAAACUAUGCAAUGGUUGAAGUUGUGCCUGUAAAGCAGCAGCGUCAUGUCUUGAAAAUGUGAUCUCUUUAUGAAUUAGUCUGAGACGGUGUUGAAGUGAUUCUCUUUUCAUUUAAGUGCCUUAAAGUGGUUUCUGUUACCCUGGUGACGUGAGAGGAGUAAUGCAACAUUUUGUUGAUGUUUAUAGUGGCGUCUGGUGCUUCGUAGAUUAACUGAAGAGUGCCGAGGCCCCUGAGAGAGCAGCAAGGAGGGACCUUUAGUCAGAGUGAGAUUACGCUCAAAUAAGUGUCUCAGACUCAAGAACCACAAGAAAGGGUUUGUUAUUGUGGAUCCCCAAAGUGUUCAGUAUUAAAUCAGGAAUUAUCAGUCAUGUGAAACAAAGAGUAAAGUAGAAUAAAACCUACAAAUAACCAAUAAAUCCAGUAAUAUUAUGAUAAGUAAUAAUUAUUGAGUUACACAUUUUCUUAUUUCAUUUAUUUUCACUUAAUUUCCUUGUUUCUGCCCAUUUUCAUCUGUUUUAUUCCACAGUGGUAUUAUUCCCACUGACUGGCCAUCCUUCCAUGCAGCCACAAAGCCUAGCCAGCAAACUCCUGAUAGCUAGAGCAAUGACAGCGCCAAUCUAAGUCUGAUAUAGCAGAUUCUCUGUAAGGAGCAUGAGUCUGAUGUGUUCUUCAUCUGGUGGGCCGAAACGCUGUGAUCAUGAAAAGUGUCAUUAUGGACAAUCCAUAAUUUGUAGCAGUACGCUGAGGUUUGAUGUGCCUCUUGAGAUGGCUAUGUCGUUCAGAUAUCUCAAGAACUUUCUUGCCUUGAAAUUCAAAACAGACGUUUCAUGGCACCCAGAGGAUGAAUCUUAAAGGCUUUUGCUUUCCUGUGGCUCUUUAUCUUGCCCCACCAGCAGGUUUUCAGCCUCAUGUGAAAUGGAUUCAUUGCUAUGGGGCAGACAUUCCUGUUCCCCUAAGGAUAAACCAUAGUUACUAAGGAUGUCAGAAGCAGAUCUCAAGGAUCAUGGCAGAUCCGUGUUGUUAUCAACACUUUUCUGAGUCCAAUCUUUUCCUUACCCUCCUGCUGCACACUGCACCUGUCUCUGUCAUCCCUCCCGUUGUUUGCUAAACUCCCACUGCUCUCUGCUCACCACGGGGUUACACAGUGACAGACUCAACCAGGUGUUGCAGCCAGGUACUACAGCUAAUGCUAACUGGCUAAAUUGUUUUCUUAAUGCAUUGCAGAGCUGUACAGCUGUCCUGCAUGUGCACUGGAAUGAUUUAAAUGACAUGAAUGUACUUGAAAUGUAUAAUAUAUAGGAAAAUGGCUUAGGACUCAUUAUGGGCAGACACUAAAUAUUAAAUAACUCGGAUUACGGAAAACUUGAUCGGGACAUCCCUAGCAAUUUCUUUGGCAAUCUAUUAGCUUUUCAUCAGGCACUAUAAUCAUGAUAGUCAUAAUGUUAGUGUGUUCAGUGCUGUGGACUAUGACCAAAUACCUGCAAAACGAAUAACAAUUCCAUCAACCUUAAUUGCACUGUCCUGUUUAGUGAUAAUCAGCACGUUAGCAUGCUAUGACUGUUGCAGCAGUUUCUAAGAAUUGUCAUUGUGCUCAUGUUAGCAUCCUGCGUUAAGCACUGUGUACCACUGAGCAUUUGUACAUGUUCAUUUUAAUAUAUUUUGCUAGCUGAUUCAUGUGAUUAUUUAUUAUAAUAUCGUGUCCAUUCAUUUAGUAUUGAACAUUUUGGGAGUCCACAUGUUGUAGCUGUGCAUUUUGUAAAUUGUGCACUGAAGUCAAUGUUUCCAAAGUUAGCCUGAAUAUUUUGAAUCCUUCUGAGACUAGUAUGAAUGUAGUUCACAGUUAUAACUGCCAAAAUGUGUGCCAAACAUAAGACACAAUAAAUUUAUAUACAGAUAGAAAUACAAAUGUUUCAACUGGUUUGCUGAUGCAUCUUGAAUAGAGGUGUUUCUCCUCCCUACGUACAAGCAAUAUGUAGAGUAUGAUGGCAAUCAGGCUAUAAGUGAAAUACAAAACAAACAAAUAAAAACCAUAACUCAAGAUCAUUCUCGCUUUUCAUGGAAUUUCAGCUGCAUGUCAGCCUUCUUAUCCACUGAGCAGACCCCACGUGCUCAUCAAGACCAUGAGAUGCAGUUGAAAUUCCCUGAAAAAGCUGGUAAGAGAUCUUUGAGUUAAUAUUUUGUUAUCAUUGAUGAAGUACAGCAUCAAUGGACUGCAGAUUUUCCCUUUAUGUGCAGCCAUAACAGGGAUGAAGCCUUAGCAGUACAACAUGCACAGGACUGACCCCAGAUCCACAGAUAAAUCAAAUAACCCUGAAAUGUGACUGGUUCGAAUGCAUAUUAGCAUUACAGGUGGUGGUAGCACUUAUAAUGAAGCCACCGCUUUUACUGAUUUCUUAUGGUGACUUUUAGAGUUGUAAAUUAUUAUGGCACAUUAUGGGUAAACCACUAAUGAAGAACCAUGUUAGCUCAGAUUAGACCUCGUCUGCUAAUUCUCAUUCCUGUGGUUCAUACAAACAGCAUUGUCUGAUGAUGUUGCUACUGUUCUUAUCGUUACAGUUUAUAAGAGAUGAAUGUAGCAAUAGUUACUGUACCCACUGGUUUCAGAGUAGUGGACUCGAACUCAUCGGUACUCAAUGUGGAAACUAUCUUGUGAGAAAUAUUAAAAGUUUUAUUUGAA